AUGUCGCAUGUCGAAGCCAGUGGACAGCCCUGGCAUCGAUAUCAAAUUGAAUGGAACCUGGAAAGCCUCAUGUUCCCAGUGUUAACAAGUCGCGGGCUGAGCCAGAGCGCCUUUGAGAUUGAAAAUGAGGCGUACAAGACAUCGAUAAGCCGGGAAGAAUAUAACGCAGCUUGCAACCCGCCAACUUCCAGUGUUGAACCCCCUGAAUCCGCCUUGGCCGCAUUGGCAACACCAGCCCCUGAGGCCAACGACCGAGAAUCAUCUCCGGGAAUCACCAUAGGCGACUACCACGACUGCCAUUACAUCGCCAGCGGCGUGACAGCCGCAGUCUACCGUGCCCAAGCCCGCGCUCUCAAGGUGAUCGUCGAAACCCACAACAUCGAGCCGCACAGCCCGCAGCGCGAAGCCAAGAUGCUCGCCUCCCUCCGAGCCUCCAACGCCCCCAACAUCAUCCCCCUCCUCGAGACCUUCCGCGACCCCCAAACCCAAAACUUCGUCCUCCUGUCUCGCCCCGCCCUCGGCGUACGGCACGAAGCACGAACCCAAAAAGUCCUCGAAGUCGGCACGGGCGUCUACCGCGCCCCCGAGACCCUGUUCGGCGACCGCGCCUACGGGCCGGGCAUCGACCUCUGGGCGUCCGGCACCACCCUGGCCGAGUGCUUCCUGCGGCGGCCACUGUUCGACUCGCCGCCGGCGCACGAGGACGGCAGCCAGCUGGGGCUGGUGCUGAGCCUGUUCCAGACGCUCGGCACGCCGACGCCCGCGACCUGGCCCGAGGCGAGGGCGUUUCGCACGCCGCCGUUUGAGAUGUAUCGCGUGUUUGAGGGGAGGGUGGCGAGGGAGGGGUGGGAGGGUUUGGUACCUGGGGCGGAGGGCGGGUGGAGGGGGUUAGUGGAGGGAAUGGUGAGGUUUGAGAGUGGGUGGAGGGUGACGGCGGGGGAGGCGUUGGAGUUUCCUCGUAUGAAGGGGGAGGCUGAGACCUGA